AUGGGACCGAACAUCAAUUAUAAUACAUUUCUCUUCAAAUUUUUUAUUUAUUUUUGUCUAGUUUGUGUUGUAUUGAGUGCCAGCCAGAAGAGUCAUCAGAAAAGGGAAAUUCACAGGAUUGUGCUUAAGGAACGAUCACCGAGAAGUCACAAAAAGCACGCUAAUCACAGCCACAAUCAAAGUAGGAAAAGGGGACACAAGAAUAAAGUAAAAAAGGAUAGCGAUGAAUCGGUUUCGAGCAGUUUUGAAGACAGCAGCAGCAAUGAAGACAGUUUUGAAGAGAUAUUUAAUCGACAUAAACCUCAUCAAAAAAAAACUCACAAAAAACAACAAUCAUACCAACAUUCAAGAUUCCCUCCAAACUUAGACAUCGAAGAAUCAAGACAUCAUUCUUUCCGCGAUGAUUUAUCACCAUUCUCCAACAAUGAGUGGAUACCGCUUCACACCGAUUAUCAUCACUCUUCUUCAGAGAACCACCACCAUUCAUCCAUACAAGACCACCGUAGAGAAAAAGACAGGAGAAUUAAGAGGAAACCGAAAAAACACUCCCACAAUAAGUCGCAUAAUAAUAAAAACAAACCUUACGGAAUUGAAUUCACAACGUCAUUCCCUUCACUACAAUUUGACACAUCCACUUUCUACCCUCCUAUAGAUGUCUUAUCAAAUUUUCAAGCUUUAAAUAAGAACAUACUACAAACCAAUCCUUCCUCCAUUAUACCGAUAUCUUUAGAGCAAACUACUGUUAAAGAUACAAGCGAUAAGCUGAAGAACCAUAAAACCAGUUAUGACGUAACGGAAGGCCAAGGUUCCGAUUUGCGCGAAUUGAUUUUGGUGCCGGAUCAACCAGAUUAUGGUCAGAUUGAUUUCGGACCGACGGAGAAAGAUUUAGGCGGACAUGGUCCUAGAAGUAGGGGCUCGAUUAGGUUCAGAACUAGAAGCAAUUAUUGA